AUGUCGAAAAUCAACACUGCUCAGCGUCUUCGAGGGCUCUCAACCAGCACCAUCUGGGAGGAGAUGACACCGCUAGCCAACGAGUACAAAGCAGUCAACCUCGGUCAAGGCUUUCCUAGCUUUGCUCCUCCACGGCUCCUCCUUGAAGAGCUGGAGAAAGUCAUUCAAUAUAGUGAACAGGCACCUCUUGCUCACCAAUACUGCCCUCCUCGCGGUAACGCGGAGCUCGUCGCGCAGCUGUGCAAAAGUUACACAAAGCUGCUUUCCCGGGAUAUUCAGGCCUCCAAUGUGGUUGUGACAAAUGGCGUGACACAGGCUCUCAACGCCGUAUUUCAGGCCUUUAUCAACCAAGGCGAUGAAGUCGUUCUUGUAGAGCCUUUCUACGAUGCCUACUACCAGGACAUUUUUAUCACUGGCGGGGUAACCAAGUACGUAUCUCUCCAGCCCUCCACGGAAUCAGCAGAGAACUGGAAGCUGACCCGUGAGGCGCUUCUUGAGGUUGUUAACGAAAAGACAAAGUUUAUUCUCAUCAACACGCCUCAGAAUGUUCCUGGAAAGGUCUGGAACGUCGAGGAGCUUCAAAUUAUCGCAGAAGUGGCAAAGCAGUUCGACGCUGUCGUCAUCUCAGAUGAGGUGUACAUGCAUCUUACCUAUGGCAAGCCCCAUGUUUCCAUCGCAUCAUUGCCGGACAUGUGGGAGCGCACUGUUACGCUUUGCAGCGCUGGAAAAACUUUCUCGUGCACUGGAUGGAAAAUUGGCUGGGCUGUGGGCUGCGCUAAACUGACUGCACCGAUUGCACAAGUUGUCUCCUACCAGUCAUUCUGCUGCUCUACACCGCUCCAGAUUGCCAUCGCCAGGGCUGCUGCAAAGGCUGCGGAAAACGGUUUCUACGACAUCCUGCGCGAUGAAUACUCAGCACGCGUGGAGCAGGUGUCGAGUAUGCUCGCAGCCAGCGGCUUAUGCCCUGUGAAUCCCCAAGGUGGUUUUUUCGUUCUCGCUGACAUCACAAAGGUGGAUCCAAAGCACUACUACGAUGCCUCAAACAAGUCACAGGCAAAGGACUGGCAAUUCUGUAUGUGGCUUAUAAAGAAAAUCGGCGUUUGCGCCAUUCCUGUGACGGCUUUCUGCCAAGAACAGAGCAAGCCGCUCUACGAGAAUUAUGUCCGCUUCGCCUGCUGCAGGUCACAGAGUGAGCUGCAUACUGCAGCUGAGAGGCUCCAAAAUCUACAGGACUAUCUUCUCUGA